CACACACAGUAACACACACAGUAACACAGUGACAGGCCGGUCUCUGUUCUCUCUCAGGGAAAAAGUUGAACAAUAAACUGAGACUGAAAACAUGAGGCUCUGACAGCAUGAAGCUGAGAGCAGGAGGCCUGAACAGACUGAGGGCGAGAGACACCGACUGUCUGUAGACCAACAGGCGAGAGAGAGGUGGAUGUGUGAAAGUGGAGAAGGUGGAGGAAGAUGUUGAGACCCGGCAGGCUGCUGCUCUGGCAGGUGGCUCUCAGGUUAUCUUAUCAUGUUGUUACAGCCAGUCUGUGUCUGGGAGGGUCGGACAUCUUUGCAUCAGUCAGAGAGAACAGUCCGAUGGGUCAGUUUAUCUCUAACCUCAGUAUUACCGGAGAACCAGGAGCUAACACCAUCCGACUAUGUCUGACUGGGGACAACGCCCACUGGUUCUACUUAGAGGGUCGAACAAUCAGACUGAACACCUCCAUCUCCAGAGUCCUCGACCGAGAGGUUCAGGGAUCAGUGCUGAUAGCAGAGCUGACCUGUUAUGAGGAUGAUGUCAUACAGAGUCAAUACAGGAUUCUGGUGGAGAUUGUGAAUGAAAACGACAACAAACCGAACUUCCUGGAGGAGACGAUUCAGCCGUUCACCAUCAACGAGCUGACAGCAGUGAACUCUGUGGUUUUCACUGUGAAGGCAGUCGAUGCAGAUGGAGACAUGAUCCGUUACGUCAUCGAUCAAUCAUCGCGUGAUGCUUGGUACUUCAGGAUUGAUCUACCGAACAGCGGGAACGUAGUUCUGAACAAACCUCUGGACUACGAGACCAGAACUCACCUGCAGGUGGUCAUCUGGGCCCAGGAAGCGAACACUGUGGAGAAGUUCAAUACGUCUGCUGUUCUGACGGUGAACAUCGCGGAUGGAGACGACCAGUAUCCUCACUUCCUGCCCUGUAUACCUGUCUCUCCAGGUGUUCCUGUCUGCAUGAACCCCACCUACACCACCAACAUCACACAGAAACAGAAGGACGCGGUUCUGGAGUUUUCUCCUGGGCCAAUCAGAGCAGAGGAUGGAGACAGAGGAAUCAACACUCCUCUGAUCUACACCAUCCUGUCAGGUGAUAAGGGCAGGUUUGUGAUCAACAACAGGACAGGUGAGAUCAGGUUAACCAGAGCUGUGGACAGCCGACAACUGAAGGCAAACUUCACACUCAAUGUCAUGGUGCGUCAGGUGGAUGACCGGCUGAAGUACAGCGUGGUGUCAGUUCUGAUCAGAGUUCUCAGUGAGAACACAUUCCCUCCGGUCUUCAACAGAACCACCUUUAAAGGUUUCAUCAUCCAGAGUUCUAGUCCCGCCUCCAUCGUCUCCACCUAUGGGAACCAGGUGUUACAGGUCCAGGUGUCGGACCGCGACUUCUCUGAUGGUCUGAAUCCAAACAUCCAUUACUCCCUCCAUCCUCCAUCUGGACUGUACCAAGUCACCCAAGGGGGUGUUCUGAUCGCCAGGACGGACCAACUGCAUGCCUUUGACAGACACAUACUUCAGGUUGUGGCCAGAGAUGAAGAAUCAGGAGAAGAAGUUUCAGCUUCAGUGGAUAUUGAAGUCCUGCAGAAAGGACAACCAGUCCCUUGUGGUGAAUUCACUGAGCAGCAGUUGUUUGGGGAUGUGGACAGCAGACUGGCAGGAGGAAUCGCAGCAAUGAUCCUGCUAUUGUUUCUAUCAUCUGUUCUGUUUCUGCUGCUUCGAACUUUAAAGAGAAGACGACGACAAAGAAACGCUGACGAACACGCACCCGUCGCCCUCGGGAAACAUCCCAACGUGAGUUUCCUGUGGUUUCAGACGGUGAGCUCCAGUCGACAUGUCUUCUGUAUGGAGGAGUCUUCAUACAGCAACAGAGCUUUCAGCCAUGAGUCUUCUUCACACUCAGAGAGUUUUCAUGGCAGACAAGGAGUCUACACCAGGAAACACUCUCUGCUUCCUCCUCCUUCAUCAUCUUCAUCAAACAUCUUCAUCAGUGAUCCUGGAGGAAGAUCAAGACUUCACUCUGAACUGUUUCCUGUCGUAGAAAAACCAGAAGGGCGGUCUGAGGCGACAGAAACCAAUGAAACCCCCAGAUUAUCUAACGUUAGAGAGGGUCUACAUUCCACAGGUGUGUCCGCAGGAGUUCACAGUGAUGACAUCACAGCAGUGAACACAGUAACUCUUCAGAGAGACGACGAUAUGGAAACUGACCAAUCAGAGGAGAUGUUACAGGAGUCAGAGGACCCGUACAGGACGAUGGUCUCUGUGAUCUGUUUGUUUGCAGACGAGCCCAGCUCAGAGGACACUGACUGCAGCAGUAGCCAAUUACAGAACAGAAACACAUAAAUCUGACACCUCUCUGGAGCCAAUCACUGAACAGAAACACAUACAUGUGACACCUCUCUUCAUCUUUCUUUAUAUUUUCUACUCACUAUGUUUAGUGUUAUGCACCAAUAUACCAAGCAAAUUCCUAGUCAACAAACUUGAGUCUGAUAAACACCUGAGAGAGUUCAUUCGAUAUCAGACUUGUGAUUCACUGAACAGAGAAUCACUUUGUUACUGUUAAAGAAUCAAACCUUUAACUAUAAAUCAUGUUUACUUUUGUUGUGAUAUUUCAUGGAGAGAAAUUAGUCUCAAUACUGCUGACAAAUCUGUCAUGAUAAAAAUGAACACAAAUAAAAAUGUACAAAUGUGUUUGACGAAAAGGCAAAUUUCAGAAGUUGUAUAAAGAGGAAAAGUCCCUCCCCUCCUACAGAAACACUCGUCCACCAUGAACCAAAGCACUGUCUCUUACUUCCUGUCGUCUGUCUGCUGUCACAGUAAAGACAGAAGAAGAAAGGAGUUUCCACCACUCAGACAGAUCAGUGUUUCACCCUCUAAUAUCGACUAAUGAUGACAGAAAAGGUUCACACUCGAUGAAAAGUCUUCACAGAGGACAAAAUGCUUUUUGGAUUUCCAGCCUUUAUCAGUGUCAUAACUGCAGAUGCCUUUGAAAGAGUGAGCAACAGAGCUGAACACAUUUAAAGUAACAGCAACCAAUGAACAUCUAACACUUCAACAAGAAGGCAAGUGGAGACUAAUGUGAGUCUACAGACAACAAACCCAUCCAUGAACACAGGAAUAGGGUGCUGAGGGAGCUGCAGCCCCCCCUGCUGGCCACAGGGAAACACAUUGGAUCAUCAUUUUAACUUUUAAAUAAUCUGUUACAAAAUAAAUCAAUAACAGUUUAGUUUAUCUUUCAGUGGUUUGGAUGUAUUAUCAUUAUUAUUAUUAUUAUUUUUCUUUGUGGUUAAAGUGUGAUAAAAUAUGUAAAUUUGAAACUACAAUAAACAGUCUUUAUCAAA